CCCCUCUGGCCGUGCGUGUGGCAAACCAGGGGUACCCCGACAGGCUGAGCGCGUCCUGGGGAGCAGCCGCCGGGGGCCGCGAGGGCUAUGUGCUGACCCUGUAUCACGUGGGAUCGGGUGCGGUGGCAGCCAUGGCCGUCGCUGGGGAGGACGCCCACAAUUUCACCUUCGCAGAGCUGGCCCCAGGAUACAGGCACUCGCUGGAGGUGGUCUCCAUCGCCGGGCCCUACAGGGCGGCUGCAGCCAAUGUCAGCGACUGGACCUAUCCUCUGGCACCCCCUAACAUGUCCCUGAUGAAUCAGGGGCACCCCGACAGGCUGACCGCAUCCUGGGGAGCUGCGGCAGGGGGCCGGGACGGCUACACGCUGACCCUAUACCACGCGGGAUCGGGUGCCGUGGCAACGAAGGUCUCUGUUGGGAAAGACACCCACAAUUUCACCUUUGUGAACCUGGCCCCAGGAAGCCAGUACCUGCUGGAGCUGGCUUCCACAGCUGGGCCCUACGGGAUGUCUGCGGGGAACGUCAGCGACUGGACAUACCCUUUGGCACCCCCUAAUGUGUACCUGACAAACCAGGGGCGCCCCGACAGGCUGAGCGCUUCCUGGGGAGCAGCCGCCGGGGAGCGAGAUGGCUACACGCUGACCCUGUACCACGCUCGAGCGGGCACGGUGGCAGCUAAUGCAUCUGUGGGGAAGGAUGCCCACAAGUUCACCUUCUCAGGCCUGGCUCCAGGACACAAGUAUUUGCUGGAGGUGGCCUCCGCGGCUGGGCCCUACCAGACGUUCGCAGGGAACAUCAGCGACUGGACGACCCCUCUGGUUCCAGCGAAUCUCUCUGCGGUACCCAGGGAGAGCCGCACAGUGCUGGCCGUGUCCUGGGGCCACACCUCCAGCCAGCAGGAUUACUGCCAGCUGUGGCUGCGGGAUCCUGGGAACAACACGCUACCACAGAGGCACACCCUGGCCGGGGGGCAAGUCCAGCACUUCUUCCGGGGGUUGGUCCCAGGCAGAAAUUACUCGGUUUCCCUGAGCUGCGUGGCUGGGCCUUACUGGAGCAGCACGGGUAUCUUGGUGGUGCCAAUAGCGCCUGAUCCAGUGGAAGAUCUGCGGUGCCAGCCUGACUCCAAGGGCUUUUCCCUGAGCUGGACCUUCCCUGCUGGAGACGUGGAGGCCUGCGAGCUGGCGGCAGAGAGGCUGUCCGGGGGCCCCCCCCAGGCUGAGGCUCGGGUGAUCGCUCCCGGGAGCAAGACCAGCCUGUGGGGUUUGGAGCCAGACUCUUCAUACCGAAUCAGCGUGAGCGCAGUGGGCAGGAAUGGGCUGAGGAGCCGGGCCGUGACUCUGGUCUGCAACACAUCAGCAGAGGUCCUGCCUCCGCCGCUACGAGCAGACGUCCCGCAGGUCGAGCCUGGCUCCAGAGUUCUCAUCUCCCCUGACACAUUCAGUGAGGAGAACGGCCGGAUCGAGUACUACGCCGUCAUCGUCACCAGCAACGAGUCGUUGUCGAGGCCCACCCAGGAAAUCGUGUCCAGCACCUGGUACGAUCACUAUUACGGACAGGAGGACUCCUACGUGGCUGUGCUGCUCCCCAAUCCUUUCCAUCCGGACAAGAGGAGCACUCCCCAAACCUGGUCCGUGCCGGUGGGAACGGACGAGUGUGGCCAGUCCCGGGAGAUCUGCAAUGGGAAGCUGAAGGCAAAUGUUCAAUACAGGUUCAGCAUUGCUGCUUUCACCAAAUACGACCUGGUGGAUCCUUCUGUGUCCUUCACGGCGUUUUCAGCAGCUGGAGCUGGCGCAGACCCCAGUCCUGUUACAGUGCCAGUCGUGGCUGGGAUUGUUGCGGGCUUUCUUCUGACACUUGCGGCGAUUUUCGGAUGGGUCUACUGGAAGCGGGUCCGAACGAAAAGAACCAAGAAGAGUAACUUAUCGCAAGAAAUGGCCACGUACAGCUUGAGAAAUGUCCACCGGCCGAUCCCCAUCCAGAGCUUCAAGCAGUAUUACGAGGCGAAGAUGGCAAACGCCAACCACGGCUUCUUCCAGGAGUUUGAGGAGCUGAAGGAAGUGGGAAAGGAGCAGCCUAAGGUGGAAGCAGAACUUCCAGCCAACGUGUCCAAGAACAGAUACCCCCACGUGCUGCCCUAUGACCACUCAAGAGUCAGGCUGAGCCUGCUGGGGGAGGAGCCCCACUCCGACUACAUCAACGCCAACUACGUCCCCGGCUACGCCUCCCCACAGGAGUUCAUCGUCACCCAGGGGCCGCUGAAGAAAACCAUUGAGGAUUUCUGGAGGCUGGUGUGGGAGCAGAGCGUCUGCAACAUCAUCAUGCUGACAGUGGGCAUGGAGAACGGACGGGUGCUGUGUGAUCACUACUGGCCCUCAGAGUUGUCUCCGGUCUCCUACGGACACAUCCGCGUGGACCUGCUCUCCCACAGCAGCGCUGACGAGUGGACCACGCGCACGUUCAAGCUCUGGCACGAGGACCUACAGGAGGAGAGACGUGUGACCCACCUGCACUACACGGCGUGGCCUGACCACGGCAUUCCCGAGUCCACAGCUUCCCUGAUGGCCUUCCUGGACCUGGCCCGAGGCCACAUGCAGACGGCCAAGGGUUCUGGGCCAACGCUGGUGCACUGCAGUGCGGGGGUGGGCCGCAGCGGCACCUUCAUCGCCUUGGACCGGCUGCUGCAGCAGCUGAAGCAGGAGAAGGCGGUGGACGUGUUCAAUACCAUUUACACCAUGCGGAUGAGCCGCUACCUGAUGAUUCAGACGCUGGGCCAGUAUGUUUUCCUGCACAGCUGCAUCCUGGAGAAGAUCACGGAGGAGCUGCUCUUGGGCCAGUCUGGGACGGAGAUCUCCUGCCCGAUCCCUCUCAAAAGCUUCCUGCAGCACCAUGCCCAGAAAUCGGCCAAGUCCAACGCGGGCUUCCUGCGGGAGUAUGAGAUCCUCCUAGAGGUUGCGAAGGACAAAGCUAGCUCUGCAGCACCAUCUGCAGGCAUCCAGGAGAGCCGCCCUGGCUCCAGCAUCCUCCCAUAUGAUCGCUCCAGAGUGAAAUUUUUGCCCCUGGAACAAGGCCCCUUCUCGGAUCUCAACCAGACCUGGCUCCUCCCGGGCUGCAAUUCAUCCAGGGAUUAUCUGGCUGUGCAAGGACCCGACAAGGUGACCAUGGAGGAAUUCUGGCGCUUGGUGUGGGACCAUGGUGUCCACACCAUAGUCACCCUGCUGCCAUGCCAGAAGGGCCAGGUCCUGAGCGAGGCAUGCUGGCCCCUGGAGGACAGUCCAGUCUACACAGAGAUGUUGACCAUCCAGCGGGGCCCGGAGAAGCACAUCUCGGGAUGGAGGUGCAUUCAGCUUAAACUGAAACACGAGAAGAAAGUGAAGGAGAGGCAGGUGCAGCGAUUCCUGUACCCUCUGUGGGGGUGCCAGCAGCAGCCAGAUGUCCAGCCCCUGGUGGAGUUCCUCGCCGCAGUUAGACGGUGCAUGCCACACAGGAAGCGAGCCGGCCCGCUGCUCCUGCACUGCAGCAGUGGCGUUGGCCAGAUGGGGACGCUGAUCGCCCUGGAUUGCCUGCUGCACCAGAUGAAAGCGGAGCGGAGUGUGGACGUCUACGGAGUCACCCUCAGGCUGAUGAGAAGCUGCUGCCUCAUGACCCCGACGCCGGAUCAGUACGUGUUCUUGUACACGUGCAUCCGGGACAUCCUCACCCAGAGACAGCCCUAGGAAGAGCACAGCAGCUCCUGCCCCCGAGAGAGCCCGGCACUGGGGGCAGGCUGAGGAGAGCGCAUCGCAGGGCUGUUUGCACAAACCUGACUGAAGCUCCCUCCGGAGAGAAGGGGACCCACCUGGGGCAGAGGCACCAAUCAGCUCCCCACCCCUUGAGGCCAGCACAGAUGAGGAGCUAAGGCUGGGUUAGCCUGCAUCAGUGGUUCAGAAUCUCGGACUCUCCUGGUCUCUUCUCCCAGGACGCGGUGGGAGAGCCUAUUGCACAUGCAUUGUCUGCACCAGCCUCCCCCAGGGAGUGCCCCUCUGCUGCCCACAGUGCUGCAGCCCACUCAGCUUGCAAGCACCCAGUGCGGGGCACGGGAACCUGUCCAGGAUUCAAAGAUUUAAGCGGGGCUGCAUCCCUGCUGCCUGGGAUUCCUGGGACUCUGGAAGGUCCAUGAAUCCAGUCGCUGUAGCACUUGCUCUGGGAUCCUGCCAGCCUCCGUACUGCCCUCCCUGCCCCGCUGAAUACAGGACAGAAUACAUGGGGCGCCCUUUCUGCCGUGCCUGGCUCAGAGCCGGCAUGUCCUACUGAGCAGGCUGCUGGGUGAUGCUUAUUUCCAUCUGGCAGGAGGGCUGGGAGGCCCAGGCGCUACGCACUGCUUCUCAGAGCGUCGAGCGGAUGCUCCAGGUGUGCUAGUGCCUUUGGGAGACUCUGUGACCCAGGGCUGAGGACCAAGCAAUGUGUAAGAACAAUAAAGAAAACAGCCCUAGAAGCCAGUGUCCUCUAACGAACGGUAGGUUUUACCACAAGCCCUGGCCUGGCCUGCGACCUUCCAGCCAGCUGGACUGCGACCUUCCAGCCAGCUGGACUGGAGGGCACCAUCCCCAAAGGGCAGCCGUGCACACCUGCUGGGAGCACGCCGUUCGGCUGGCUUCCAAACGCUGCCCCUUCGUGCCGGCUGUCCUAGCGCAGCCAGAGCCUGGCAGCUCGGCUCCGAGAGCUGAGUCCCAACCGCUAGAGCAGCAGACCUCUGCAGACCCUUGGGACAACCCUUCACAUGGGACUCUUGCCUCUCCUAGCUGGGAGAACAGGGGCAGGACUCCUUCCCCCCAACAGCAUCCCGUCACCCCCGCAUUUAUACAGAGCCUGUGAGUAGGGGCCAAGGCAUAAAAAAUUAAAUUAAAUUAAAAAAAAAAGACAGCAAAACCAGGAAUAACAAUCAAAUGAGAAGACCCUUGCUGGCCAGUCACCCUCCAUAUAACCCUGUCUCUAAGGCCUGCCAGUUUAUGUGGGGGAAAAACAUUAUCCACUAAUUCGGCCUCAGCGCACUGCUACCCUCUACCGGGGGAGCAUGUGUAUCAGCCAUGUCCUCCAGUGGUCGCGCUAGAGGAGCUGUCUCUUCAUCCCACUGGGAUGUGGGGUUACAUCAACAUACCACCCCCGCAACGGGACCUUAACUCUGGCCCCUGGAGCUGGCGAUACCCCCACGGGGUGCCAGUAUCGGGGGUGCCAUAAGAAAUAGGAAGAAUGACGGAGGGGUUUGUCUUGAUUCCAAUUGCAGCGUGGACCUGCACGCACUCAGCUGCGUUCGCUGGGGCUGGCACCACUGGGCAACCGGACCUGAGCGUAAAUGAAG